GGUUGUAAAACGGAUCGGUGAACCCUGAGUCCAGCCCCCGGAGCAAGAGGAAACGGCCUGCGGCGCCGCGUCGGCCGUGGGGCCGACCGCCCAGCGAGCGAGUCGUCAUGGAAACGAGGAAUCGUCGCGCCGCCCUGCGUCAUCAAGUCACCUGCUCUUCCAAAGGUCCAACCGGCCCUUGGUCGUGGCGUCGCUGUCCGAGCGCCAGACAAGAGACAGGGGAGAUGAAAAAGAGGCGGUGGUGGUUCGAGUGUGAAUAUGCCGGUGGGGAGGGCUCUGCCUCCCCAGGAUACUUCGCCCCCCGUUCCACCGCGAGCCCUUCCGGCUUCCGCCUCUGUUCCGCCGCUCCAGCCUCCAGGAUCCGUGAGAGGAAAAGUAGUAGCCCCAUCCCCAACCGGUCCUAACCCACGGGCGUUGCUUGCCAACCACGGUAUCGUUCUAGCCGCCGGGGCCGAACGAAGUCGGGGAUGUAAUUGAAUCCAGCGAUCUUUGGAUGCUCGUCAUACGUGCCAACAGCAGGGUCAAUUUCCCUCGAAAGAGAAGGCCGAGGAAAUGGAAGCCGGUUUCCUGUGGAAAGAGAUCGGUGACCAAGCCGGUGCGGCGAGAAUGUCCGGUGGGAACAAGAACAGGAGCCUCGACUGGGAUUUGAACGACUGGAGGUGGGACGCCAACCUGUUCCUGGCCACACCAGCGGCCGCCGCGCCAUCCGAGUCCAUCAGCAGGGAGCUGAGCCGAGGUCAGGGGGAGAUCGAUUUCGGCGUCGUCGUUGACAAGAGGCGGCGGCUCUCACCAGAGGAGGACGGCAGCGGUGGGUGCAGCAAUUCUGCGGUAGCAGAUGGAGACAACAGUCACGUGGUGUGUGUUCAGAGAGGGCGGAACACUGAGGAGACGAGACCCAGGAAAGGUGCCAAUUCGAGCACCACUCCUUCUUGCCAGGUUGACGGCUGCCAAGCUGAUCUUAGUGGUGCCAGGGACUACCAUAAGAGGCACAAGGUGUGUGAAGCGCAUACCAGGACAACAGUGGUCUGCAUCAAUAAUGUAGAGCAUCGGUUCUGUCAGCAGUGCAGCAGGUUUCACCUUCUUCACGAAUUUGAUGAUGGUAAGAAGAGCUGCCGAUCACGUCUGGCACAACAUAAUGGAAGGAGAAGGAAAGUUCAACCGCAACCUGCUGUGAACGGGAAUUCCAUGAAUGAAGAUCAGUCUCUAAGUAGCACCUUAUUCCUUCUGUUAAAACAACUUUCCGGGCUCGAGUCUGGUAGCUCUUCUGAGCAAAUCAACCAUCCUAAUUCUUUGGUUAACCUUUUGAAGAACCUUGCUGCUAUUGCUAGCACACAUGCAUAUCAAGAUGUUCUAAAGAAUGCAACUUCAAUAUCAUCAAAUGAUGGUAAUAAUGCUGCAAAUGGCUCUAUAAUGCAUGAGCAAACCAUACGGUCAAUUCCUGUCAGGAGAGAAUCAUUAGCAGAAGAGCCUGCGGUGAAAAGACGAGUACAGGACUUUGAUUUGAACGAUUCAUGCAUUGAAGAAGCCGAGAGCCGAACAGAUAAAAUUGUGUUCAAACUCUUUGGAAAAGAGCCAAAAGAUUUUCCUGUAGAUCUACGGGAACAGAUCCUAAACUGGUUGUCGCAUUAUCCAACUGAUAUGGAAAGUUAUAUUAGACCUGGUUGUGUUAUUCUAACUAUUUACCUUCACCUCCCUAAUUGGAUGUGGGAUGAGUUUAAUGAUGACCCAGCUUCAUGGAUAGAAAAUCUUAUUAGCUUAUCCAAUGAUGGAUUCUGGAGAACAGGAUGGUUGUAUGCUAGGGUACAGGACUGCCUAACACUGAGUUGCAAUGGUAGUCUUAUGUUUGCAUCUCCCUGGCAACCGGUAAUUGGUGACAAGCAUCAGAGACUGUGUGUAACUCCAAUUGCAGUUGAUUGUUCUUCGUCAGUAAAAUUCUCUGUGAAAGGUUUCAAUAUAGUUCAGCCAACCACAAAAUUACUUUGUGUGUUUGAUGAAAAAUAUUUAAUUCAAGAAGAGACACAAAUGCUACUUGAAGAUUCAACUAUGCAGCAAGGCCCUCAAUGCCUGACCUUCUCUUGUUCCUUUCCUUGUACAAGUGGAAGAGGAUUCAUAGAGAUUGAAGACUAUGAUCAAAGCAGCCUUUCUGUUCCCUUUGUUGUCACGGACAAAGAUGUAUGUUCUGAGAUUCGGAUGUUGGAGCAUGGAUUGGAUUUAGUUUCAUUUGAUCAAACCUCCAAAAGAAUAGAUGAUCUGAUGAUUUAUCGCAGUCGAGCAUUACAUUUUUUGCAUGAAAUCGGAUGGCUUCUUCAAAGGAGCCAUGUGCGAGCUACGUCUGAGCAGCGACAAUAUUGUCCUGACCGCUUCCCUGUUGCAAGAUUUAGAUGGCUGCUAUCCUUUGCAGUUGAUCAGGAAUGGUGUGCUGUUCUAAGGAAGCUUCUGAACACCAUGUUCCAGGGUGAUAUUGAUGUAUUGUCACCAAUUGAAUUUGCCUUGGGAGAAAAUCUAUUGCAUACUGCGGUCAAAAAACGCUCAAAGCCUUUAGUUGAAUUUCUAUUAAGAUACACCACAACAAAUAUUGCUCCAGUGGGCGGUGGAGAUGGUGCUCCAGUUCAGUUCUUGUUCACUCCUGCGAUGACUGAACUGUCAAAUAUCACACCUCUUCAUAUUGCAGCCACAAUCAGUGAUGCUAUUGGUGUUUUAGAUGCUUUAACUGAUGAUCCUCAGCAGUUGGGAAUCAAAGCGUGGAAGAAUGCUCGUGACGCCACUGGCUUCACUCCUGAGGAAUAUGCUGCAAAGAGAGGCAACAUAUCCUAUAUUCAAAUGGUACAGGACAAAAUUGACAGAAGGGUGACCAGAGCUCAUGUCUCGGUUACCAUCCCCAGCACAAUUGAUACUGUCGGAAAGCAUGGUAGCCGAAUGAAGCCUGCCGAUCAAAUCACAUUUGGUGUUGAGAAAAAACAACUAAGCAUCAACCAAACAUUGAGCUGCAGACAGUGUGUCCAGCAGGCCCAGCAGCUUGCAUUCCAUCCCCGGACAAAUAGGUUUCUGUCUAAUAGGACUGCGAUGCUUUCCUUGGUCUCCAUUGCUGCCGUCUGCGUCUGUGUGGGAUUGAUCAUGAAGAGCCUGCCACAAGUUGGUUGUAUGAAGCCUUUCCUCUGGGACAAUAUACGUUGGGGCCCCAAUUGAUAGACUGCAGAAGAGCCAGCCCGAUUGUAUCAGUGUAUGAUGAAGAUGUUUGCGCCGAGCGAAGCUAGUUUCUUGUAAUGUACAUGUUUCUUAUACUAAAUGUCUAACUUAUUUCUGUUUAUAGUAAAACCUGUGAACUUGCCUAGCUUGUAACUCCAUUGCAUUUGCAUCCUGACUGAAGUAAAGCUUUUACUUGUUUUGGUUGAGAGGAAGAAAACCUUUUACUUCUAAA